AUGAACGAGGAGCAGCCUCGCCAUGAUGAUUUGAACUUGGUCAAUUUGCCUGAGACCGUUGGUGGUUCACAGACUAGGAAAUAUCUGAACCAGAAUGUUGUACCGCAUCUGUUGAACGGUAUGCGACUUAUUGCGACUGAAAAACCUCAGGAUCCAUUGCGAGUGCUUGGGGAAUACUUGAUUAAGCAGAGCGAGUCUUCGAAGAAUUGA